AUGGUCCAAUUAUCAAUAGAAAAAGCCAAAUCAGCAAGAUCUUCUUGCAAAUAAUGCAAAUAGAAGAUCGCAAAAGAUGAAGUGCGUGUAGGAAUAAGUAUUUCUAAAGGAGACUAUGAUGAAACUUCUUGGUAUCAUGUUUCAUGCUUUUCUAAGACUAAAUUUGCAGGAUCUAAAGACAUCGAAGAUUUAGAUGGCUACAGUGCCUUAUCAGGAACAGAACAAGCAGAAGCCAAAAAGAAUUUUGAUAAGGGAGCCAAAGCUGCUAAAGGUAAAGCAAAGGGUAAAAAAGGAUCAAAAAGUGAAUCAGAUGAGCCUGAAAGCGGAGACGAAAGUGAUGAAGACUCUGGAAAAGGUAAAAAUGGUGCAAAAAAAGGAGCUGCCAAAAAGGGAAGCUCUGGAGGUGCCUUAGCAGGCUAUACAGCAGCUGAAAAAGCAAAAUAUGAAAAGUAUUAUGAAGAAGCUUUAAAAUUAUCUGUUGCUGCUAUCAAAUAAGCUCUCAAAAAGAAUGGUAUGACUCAAAAUGGAAAUAAACAAGAAAUCGCUUCAAGAAUGGCUGAUUGCUAAACUAUGGGAACUCUCCCAAAUUGCUCAAAAUGUGGAGGAGGUAGACUUAGAUUUAACUAACAGGAUGGUACUUACUUCUGCAAGGGCUACAUGGAUGAUGCAGAUUUUGUCAACUGCUCAGCAAAAUAUCCCAAAAGUGAAAUCACUCGUGGCACUUGGACUGAUUGA